GUGCAAAUGAAAAGCUAGCAGAUUGUAGGGAUGGAAGCUUUUUGGUAAGAGACAGCCGACGAGAAGAUGGGUACACCUUAAUGUUAAGGUAAGGCUUUUGUGUGUAUGCAUGUGUAUGCCAUACUGGACCUGUCUUUUGGGGCAAAAUAGAGAAGAGAUACUGCAGAAUGAACGAGGUUGCUGCAGAAUUUGGUAAAAUUUAAGUGGAAGCUAGAGUCUAUACUCUCUGAAAUUCAUUCCCACUACCAUAUUCGCCGUUGAAAAGAAUUAUUGCUCUCUUGUAUGUCCAUUAAAAAAUCCAAAAUAUCAUUAUAUAUAGGUAUAGGAAUGUCGUGUUAGUGAACAACACAUAUAUCAUGCGAGCGACCAUUUUAAUGCUUAAAUUUCAAUGCUAGAAAAUGCUGAAAUUUUUUAUAUAUGUAUAAUAGACAACUAGUCUUGCAUGUUAGACUAAUUUUUGAUCUAGGCAAAAAAGUAAAUUUCCGUAAAGAACUUAUAAAAGUAGUGAAAUUGCAAAAUUUGGUUACGAAUGUUGUAAAAUACGGAAAAUAUAGCCUUGCGAAGUUUGCAUAUUUUGUACAGUAUAUGUUUGUAUUACGUGCGGAAAUUGUUACCAUUUUUGAGCCGAAUAUUAUAUAUUCAAUUUCUAAUAGUUUUGAUACGUUUAUCAAGUGGCAAACAAACUUAAAAAGUAUGUUUCGUACUUUAUCUGCAAAUUUAUGAUAAAAUGAAGAGAUUUUAGAUGGUAUGCCAAAGAGAAAAUUAUCUUCGAAAUACAGUAAGUUUUGCUAAUAUUGCUGUAUAAAUAAGGCGUCAAUUUUACAGCAUCAAUGAUUUAAAUUGUCAAUAUUUAAUAUUCUGUGUUUCUCAACCGCCAGGUAUACACUUGGUUGCUAACUAUGUGUAAACUACAAAAUAAAGCAAAGUAAUUUUGAGAGGAACGCCGAACGCCAAAAAAAAUUUUAGGUUCUGAACAAUUUUUAUCGCAAAUACACGACAUUGAAAAAAAUUGCCUCUUAAUCUGUUUAGGAAAGACGAUAGCAGUAAGCAGAUCCGCAUAGAACACUCAAAUGGAAAAUAUGGUUUCACAGAACCUUGUGAUUUUAAUUCAGUUCCAGAAUUAAUUGAAUAUUAUCGGACACGCUCACUUAAGGAGUACAGUGCGGCUUUGGACAUUAUGCUGCUGUAUCCAGUAUGUCGUGAGGUAAGACAGGUAUUGACAAUGAAACAGGAGAUCAUAGGAUGGGUUUGCACUGAACUCUAUAUAACCUGGAACUAUAAUAAUUCAGGUCAUGCUAUUCAAAUUUUUAAUGAUUUGCAUUAUUCAAACCUUUAGAAAUGUAUUGUCUUUAGCCUGUUUUAGAUGCAGGUUUGUUAGCAACUUAGCAUAGCAUGAUCAGUUGCCAUGGCCAGCUUCGCCACUUCUAUAACUCCAAAGUUUAUUUUCGUUUUUUUUUAACUAAACCUUGUUGAUAUUUCUAGACGGAGGUAUCCGAGGUGAAAAGAGCCGCUAAUAUACUAAAGAAAGCUGGAGAGCUUUUCAAUGAAAAGUCUUCAAGAUAUGAAGAAUUAUCAGAUAACUGUUUCGAGUGUGAGCAAGUAAGCUUUUCGUCCACUUUGCUUUUAUCGAUAACUAUAUGGUUUCAGAAGUCGAAGGAUCAUCAUACAGGGUAGCAAAUCUUCAAGUUAAGCCGCUCGAGUUAAGCCCCUUUCUGUUAAACCCCGUCCACGCCUAUACCACACCCAUUUCCUUUGAGGGCUUAACAUAACUGGAGUUAAGCCCCUCGUCAUACAAGAAGGCGGUAUCCCACAACCUGAAUAUGUUUCAAGAGGCCGAGCAUCCUCGUUCCAGGGAGGAUGGGGGCCGAGAAACAUGGGCCUCAUGGUAAGAAGUAAGUCAAGACAACACAACUCCUAACCAGCAAAACUGAUUAGUUUGAACAGAAAACAAAUUAGAAACGAAAAUUGAAACGAAUAAAAGUUGAAGAGGUUUUAAAGUCUAGUGCACAGUAUCCGAUAUAUCGAACAUCGAGAAAAGACGACAAAAAUGCACUAAUGUAUGCAGCGCACAACCUAAAAAUUGACUCUCGGUUCAUUGUGAACGCGUUCUUGAAUGGUAUUUCCUGAAACACACACCUAUUUAGAAAGACAAAAGUUUGUGUGUACGUGUGAUAUCUUGUUGUUAUGCCGCAAAUACAUUGGUGUGCAUCUUCAAUUGGUAACCCAUGCAGUGUGUUUAAGUAUAUAUAUAGACAAAACAUGUUAUUUAACAUUGCGUUUUGUUUCUUGUCGUAGGAAAUAGCGGCGCUUGAAGAAGCAAUAUCUGCACAAAAAGAAUUAAUUAAUUUUCUUGAAGAACAAGUUAAAAUACAUAUCAAUUUUCGAAAAGAGGCUCCAACAACUGAACGAGCCAGGUAUGCAGUGUAUCAAUUAAAUAUUUAAGCAUGUAUGUAUAUUAUGAUAUAUAUUUUGCUAUAUGUUCGUACUAUUUAUAAACUAUCGUCAAGACAGUUGCGUCUGUAUUAGGGCUUUUGCAUGAAUUGGUCGCGUGAUCCCAUUUCCCUUAAAACGAGUACCCGUGUCAAAAUGAACCGCAGAAAUGAAAAGAGCUCCUCAAUGUAUGGCCAAACAAAAAAUGUUGAUUUCAGGUUUCCGACUGACCUGUUAAAAUGUCUCUGACCAUACAUAAAUAUUUUAUUGACAUAAUUGCAAAGAUUCCCUUUUCUUUUACAAAAAUAUGGUUUUCUGUUUAACAUUUUGUCUAUCUUAGUCACGUCUAGUUAAAACUAAGUCAUCGACUCUUGUGUUUUUCACAAAACUGGAAAUGUGCAUUGCUAGUGAAACUUUUAACUUUUCGUGAAGGAGCUCAACCUAGGCCUAAUACCCUUCCAGAUAAGACCGUUAAUGGCAAACUCAUUCAUUUUUUAGUCUGGAUGUCAACUAUAAUCUUCUGGUUGAUCGACUUAGUGAGCAGCAAUCAGGGUUGAAGACUUUGGAACAGGAUUGUUUAGAAAAAUCGGAAAAAAGGCGAGAAAUUGAGUCGGAAAUGAACAGGUUAAAACCAGAUCUCUGGGAAUUGCAGCACAAGAAAGACAAAUAUAUGUUGUAAGUUUUAAUUUAAGGGGCGACUCUCAAUAACGGAAUUGAACAUAAAUAUUUUGUUUGUUUUGUUUAAUUAAACAGCCUGGUAACGACAGGAAAUAUUGUUAACAAGCUUUCGUUGGUAGGAAUGCAACUACCUAGCCUGCGUGGCAGGCGAUAGGGAGGCGAAGGAAAUUUCCUUUGCCUCCCUAAUUUUCGCUGCCCGUAAAAAAACCGCCUGCCAUGCUUGCAGGCUAGCAACUACCUGAAAAUAUAAGGAGAAUUUCGACGUUUCGAGCGCGGGGGUCGGGAUAAAUACAUGAGCUUUUAUAUAAUGAGGGCCUGUUUAUAUGAUCCCAGCCAUGCGGGACGGGAUGGAGGUGUGGAGUAUCAUAAACAGGCCCUAAGAAUAUAUAGUACACUUUUGAGUUAGUAAGUUAAGUCGUACUACUUGUGAACUUUCCAAUGGUAUAGUCUAUUUUCGUGAAAAAUGACUUUGAAAUUUUGAAUUUUUAGUCAACAUAAUGAAACAUUUUCACGCGCGAGCUCUCAAAAUCUUUCCAAGUAAUGAGACCACAUAAAAGAGACAAAUACCACGCAUUUUUGGGCUGCCUUUGGGUUGACUGAAGAAAAAAAUAAUUCUAGCAAGCAAUCUAUUUGUCUAAUCUAUUUGUCUAAGCAAUCUAUUUGUCUAAUGCUAUAUAACAUAGUCUCGAAACCUCGUGUAUUGUUGUUUUUCAAGAUGGUAUCUGCUACGUCAUAAUUUCUUCAUAUUGACUCCUGGUCGUGGUUUAUAAAAUGUAAAGACUGUGAAUUAGUUUGCAAAAUGGAAGCUCAAUUGUUUCCAGCUAUAGCUUGACAAUUACCUUUUUAUCUUUAUUACCUGAAGAUGGAGUAACACUCCGAAACGUUGUAAACAAUAAAGUUGUUUUAUUUUUUAGCAUUUGUGGUCGUUGUUAAUUCCAAGAAAUAAUACAAAAUGAGGCUUAGUUCGAUACUAAAAUUAUUAAUUACAAUUUUGCUUUUACAGGUUUUUAGAAGAGAAAGAGAUGAGACGCGAAGAAGUGGAACUUCUGGCUGGCAAUACAGAUUUCAAGUACUGUUUAUUGCUACUCUAUAUGGGCUUGACUUUCACCAUCUCUAACCUUGCCAGGAAAUACUAUAUAUAUUGAAUGGUAUUUUCAGGAUGGACAUUUCGAGUGAAAAUCAUAUCCAUUUUUAGAGACCUAACCAGGAACAGUUGCGAAAACUACAGGUCCUGCCAAAGUUGACAGAGCAACUAUUAAUUUCCUUCAGGCAGAGGGCCAAUAGUAGCAACCUCGUACCCAGGGUCUUACCUGAGGUUGAACCGCAUGCUCCUGGUUAUAGGUGUAAAAAAUGUAAAAUUAUAAUUUCACUCGCAAUUUUCACUGGAAAUUUCCAUAUUGAAAACACCUUUCACCAUGAUAUUGAGUGAGAUGCUAAAAAUAUACUAUAUAUAUUAUUAUUAUAUUCUUGUUAUACCAGGCAGAGAGGGGUGGGCUUAAAAAGUUUCUCUAAAAUAAGUGGCUUAUUGAGAAGAGGGAAGCUUACUUGAUGAUUUAUCUGCCAGAGGACCCAUCGUUUCAUUUUUCGCAGCUGCUCCUGGUUAGGUGUAAAUAUAUAUAAAGACACUCGAAAUUUCUAUCUAUAAAAUACUUCAACACUUGCUUUUCCACCAUAUCCUACCUUGCCAUACCCGUAAUCUUAUCUUUCCUCAUUGCACAGAAUUUAUGAAUUCCCAAUGACCGAAGAGGAAGAAAAAGUAAACCUUUCUCCAGAAUAUUGGUUAUUUGGAGCUCUGGAUAGGUAUAAAAUGUGCUGUGUAUGUUUGUGUAUGCAUAUGUGAGUGCUGCGUGCGAUGGCCACUUAAUGCACUCGGCGAUAUUAGUUAUUCAAUGUUGCUCACAGCCGAUCAUGAAAAAUAUCUACAUCUUCCAGGUUGUUACUGCGGGCCUGAGAUAUACUGUAAAGGCUUUUUUCCACUAGGCGGAAUUUUCCGCGCGGAGCGGCAUUUCUCUUUGUCCUGUGAUUUCUCGGGUGGAACUAAUUAGAAAAGACAAAGAGAAAUUGCGCUCCGCGCGGAAAAUUCCGCCUAGUGGAAAACGGCCUUAAGAAUUCCAUUUAUCCCCCUCACAGUAGUAAUAUAGGUACCGAUCGAUCUAGGUCUCGAGGUAGCAUGAGGAUGCGUAAUAGAGGGUGCUGAGCAUUAGUCAAUAUUCAGUGUAAUUAGCAUUUGGUGUGUUAUGGCUUGGGCCUGCUUUGGCUAGAAUAAAAAAUCUUGACAACUUUUUUUGCUUGGGAAUACUAUCGCAGCGUGGUUGAUUUGACUAAAAUACAUUUUUACUUUUAUCAACUACCCUUUCUCUACAAUAUUUCGAUAUCUACGUUGCUUGGCCAUAGUCGAGCAUAAUAAUAACAAGCAUAGAUUUCAGCUCACUGCUAUCAAAAAGAGAACCCUGGGUACGAGGUUGGCAUAUAGAUUUGCUUCUCAAAGUGAAAAAUCAGGACUUUGUGAAUAGCAUGGACGGGAAAUACUAUAAUCCAGUACUAGUAGUACUUAGGGACCGUUCGUUAUUUAUACCUUGGGGGGCUAGGGUAUAAAUAAUGAACAAAUAUUUAUCAACUCAUCAUAUUUCAUUUUAUAGAGACACUGUUAAAAGUUAUUUAGAUAAAAGCCUAGAUGGUACAUUCCUGAUCCGAGAAAGUAAAAACCGUGGAAUGAAGGCGGUUUCCAUAAUGUAAGUAAUACUAAAAUAUAA